CAGCUGAAUCCUCCCCCUUGCAUGGCCUGGGGACACAAUGGGAACCGCAUGUGCUCCUCAGAAAAGGUCACACUUAUUCCACUAUCCUUCUUGUUUCACACAUCUACAGAGGGAAAGGGAUGCUACAGGGACUUCCUGAUGAUGAAGAGGUGGAAAAUAGCUCAGUGUCCUGGGAGGGUGGUGGGUCUGCCGCCACUCCUAAGGCUUCUCUCGGGAGCCCCCUGACCCGCACAACACAGAACUCACCCCUGGGAGAGUCUUCUGUUCGUGCAGGGCACUCUGGGCCUUCAGGGCUGAAUCGCGAGCACAGUACGUCAGGAAAGCACAUCCUGAGGGCACAGGCAGAGAGACAGCGUCAGGUGAGUCUUCGUGUUCUCUUUCCUAAGGGCUUCUCCGGCUGACUGAGGACCCGGAGGGGGGAUUUCCCCCUUCUGGACCUCUCUGCCUGCUGGGCUGGGGAGGGAGGAGGAGUUUAACCAGAGGGAUAAAAAUUAUACCCUAUCUCUGGGUCAGGGACCUGGAGGUGAGGGAUGUGGGAGAGCAUUUGAUCUGUUGAGAGAUGGGACUGGGGGCAGGAAGAGCUAGACUCCACCAGAGACAGGUGUGCAGAGUGCGCCGGGAAGGAAGACGGGGAGCGACAGCCGGAAGUGCUGUUUCCUGGACCCAAAGAUUUCUGGAGGAAUCCAGGACUUCAAUAUGUAGUGUCUGUCUACAGAACAGAUGGAAUGUUUGGCUUCUGCGCCAGAGGAAGAGAAGCCUUGAUUUCUUUCGACAACCAACCGAGUGCUGCUUAAUGGAGGCCCGACCAGGGAUAGUGGAGCCGGAUCCCGGAACGCUGAACUCGGAGCAACUGGAGCAGUUGCGAGAUUUCAAGAGCAUUGUUUCUGAAAAGACCAGACAACAUUCUUGAAUUUGCUGCAUACUAUUUCACGGAUCCAAGACUUCCCCACAGAAUUCACAUGCAGCUAAUUAAAGAGAAGAAAG